AUGGCCAGGGAGUACUUGGAGCGAUGGGGGGUCAAUCUGCCACAAAGCUUUGUCUCCCGGAUGGCGAAGGUUGACCUUUGCCCCAUGCCGUAUUUUGAAGGCGGGCAACAAGCCGUCGUCCCAUCAUCGGUCCAACCGUUGUUGUGGCUCAUGCUUGUCGACAUGUCCGUGACGGACGGCACUUGGGAGGAAAAGGGGGCCACCGCCUGA